GCUUGGGUGAUUUUAAAUUUGCAUCACGAUCUGCAAAACAACUCGCCAAAACGAAAUUUAAUAACUUCAUAACGUAUGGGAUAGCUUUUGAUCAACUGAUAGAUUAUUUCACAAAAAUGUAAUAUAUUUAAAUAAUUACAUGAAAUAGGGUUGGAUUCAGUCUAAAUAAAGGAAAUUAAUUUCCUUCGUUUCUAAUAAAUGUUCUCUCCAAUGAAUAAAAAUGGCGACGUCGAAGGGUGCGAAUACGUACAAUCGACAAAAUUGGGAAGAUGCGGAAUUCCCAAUUUUAUGUCAAACAUGCCUUGGAGACAAUCCUUACAUUAGAAUGAUGAAAGAGAAAUAUGGAAAAGAAUGCAAGAUAUGUGCCCGCCCCUUCACUGUGUUUAGAUGGUGCCCCGGAGCACGCAUGAGAUUCAAAAAGACAGAGGUGUGUCAAACGUGCUCCAAACUAAAGAAUGUUUGUCAGACGUGUUUGUUAGAUCUGGAAUACGGAUUACCGGUUCAGGUGCGAGAUGCUGCAUUGAAGGUCCAAGAUAGUAUGCCAAAGUCUGAUGUCAACAAAGAAUAUUAUACUCAAAACAUGGAGAGAGAGAUUGCAAACAAUGAUGGAACCGCGCCAGGCGGGGCUCUAGGGAAGGCCAUGGCUCCUAGUGACAUGUUACUCAAGUUAGCCAGAACCACACCCUACUAUAAAAGGAACCGUCCCCAUAUCUGUUCCUUCUGGGUCAAGGGAGAAUGUAAAAGAGGGGAGGAGUGUCCGUACAGACAUGAAAAGCCCACAGAUCCAGAUGAUCCUUUGGCGGAUCAGAACAUCAAGGAUCGAUUCUACGGCAGUAACGAUCCAGUGGCGGACAAGCUGCUGCAGAGAUACACGGACAUGCCUAAACUGACUUUACCAGAGGAUAAAACGAUCACUACUCUGUACAUUGGAAACCUGGGGGAGAAAAUCGGGGAAAAGGAACUUCGGGAUCACUUUUACCAGUUUGGAGAGAUUCGUAUGAUCAAUGUUGUGGCAAAGCAGCAAUGUGCGUUUGUCCAGUUCACAACACGAUCUGCAGCAGAGGCAGCAGCAGAAAAGUCAUUCAAUAAAUUAAUAGUUGGUGGGCGUCGUCUGACUAUCAAGUGGGGCAGGUCCCAGGGACAACAGAUGGCAUUAAAGAAAGAUGGGGAGGAGGAUGAAAAGGAUUUAGAACCUGUACCUGGUCUCCCGGGAGCAUUGCCAGCACCUCCUGAAGAGAUUGCCAAUAAUUUCUUCAAUCUUAGUAACCCACCUCCACCAAUGGGCAUGCCUCUUAGGCCACCACCCCUUGGUCUACCACCCAGGGGACAUCCGAUGAUGCCCUAUGGAAUGAUUAGGGGACCGCCACCACCAGGUGUAAGACUUCCUCCACCACCUCCAGGAAUGAUGCCCCUCAGACCCCCUCCUGGGCCUCCCAGAAUGACCCCUGUAACCUCCAUAGCCGUUCACUAUCCCUCACAGGAUCCAACAAGGAUGGGAGCCAUACCCUCAGCAGGAAAGACGUGAGGAAAGCUCUCAAAACUGUUUUGAGGGACAAAGAAUUUUUAACUUGUAGAGAUGAGGCUUAUUGUUGUGAUCAUGAUAAAAGACCCGUGUUUUGUGUGAAAUCUAAACAUGACCUUCAGCAAAGACUGGCAAUAGCCUCACACUGGUGAACAUCGUCAAUAUUGUUUCCUGUUAUUUCAUAGGUGACCAGAAUGUGAACAAGAUUUAUAUCAAUAAAUCAUGACAGUCUUCUA